CUUGUUUGUUGUUUUGCUGGAGUGUUGAUUUGGAGGAGGCGAGCUUUAGCUUGACGUGUAUUUCAACAAUAUUGACCGGGGGAAGCUAUUUUCUUCUCAAAUCUAACCUUGAGUGACUCUUACAAUCAUCUACAACGAGCCAAGAGAGCGGCAACCAUGAAAUGGAUGUUCAAAGAGGAUCAUUCUCUGGAACAUCGAUGCAUAGAAUCAGCCAAAAUCCGCAACAAGUACCCUGACAGGGUCCCGGUGAUUGUGGAGAAAGUGUCUGGGUCCCAGAUCGUGGAUAUUGACAAGAGGAAGUACCUGGUCCCCUCUGACAUCACAGUGGCUCAGUUCAUGUGGAUCAUCAGGAAACGCAUCCAGCUGCCCUCAGAGAAGGCCAUCUUCCUGUUUGUGGAUAAGACAGUCCCCCAGUCCAGCAUCACAAUGGGACAGCUGUAUGAAAAGGAGAAAGACGAAGAUGGCUUUUUAUACGUGGCUUACAGUGGCGAAAACACCUUCGGCAUGUAAAAGAAGAAGCAAUGAUAGUGAGCUGACCUUACCUGCUGACAUCUAAUCAUAGUCCCACUUGGCCCCUGGAGCAGUUGACGGGAAACCCCAGUGAAAACACCACAGAAAGAUGGACUCCCUGCUCACCAGCCUGGAUAAAACAAAUAAGUGUGCCAGUUGUCUUAUUUUUGGCCCAUGUUUCACCUGUUCAUCAAAGAUGCAUAUGUUUCGUUGUGUUGUAGUGUGGUAGCAUUUGUUUAUUUUUUUCAUUCUUGUGAUUUGAAGUUUCUUCCCAACUUAUGUGUGAAUGACGCAAUUUAGUUUUGUUUUUGUCUUUGAUGGCAAUAUUUAUGAAAUUGGACUGUUUUAAUUUAAUUAUUUGGAGGUAAGGUAGCUGGAUGACCUAACCAAUAAAAUGAAAAAUAGACCCUG